AAAAACUCUUAUUUUGUUUUUUUGUAUUGUUGAAUUUGCAAAUCUUCAAGAGAUAACUGCCAUUUCCCUGCCUUAAACCCUACAGGAUUAGCCGACUAGCACCAUAAAAAAUCCGACGAGCUUCUAUUAGAGUGAAUCGAACCUCCAUUGAUUUGCUGUAAGCUUAAAGCAUAAACAUGGCAUCACUCAUUGCAUUGCGAUCUCCUUCACCAUGUUAUCUCUCCUCUAUCCUCAACCUCAAAAUCAAUGUACAAAACUCUUUUACCAAAACCUUCAAAUCCCCUCUUCUCAUUCGUUCUCUCUCUUCCAAUUUCCCUAACUAUUCCCAUCCUGAUGAUUCCCAAUUUAAUCAAAAUUCACCUCCCAUCAACCCUAAUUUCAGCAACAAUUAUCGUUCUCAGCAGCCACCACAUUCGCAAAACCCUCAGACCCACCAAAAUCAAGGCCAAUCAAACCCUAUACAUGGCUACUCAAAUCCUAAUAAAGGGUAUCAAAGUCCUAAUCGAGGAUACCCAAGUCCUAAUCAAGGAUACCCACGUCCUAAUCAAGGAUACCCACAAGCUCAAGUUCCGAGAAAUACACCUCAAUGGAACAAUCAAGGUUUUGAUGGGGGCCGAAAUCAGGGCCCAACACAAAGCGAGAAUCAAGCACAGGAAGUGGACUUGAAGAGUAUGGCUAUGGGGGGAAAGGUAAAAGAGAUAAUUGAGUUAAUGGAGAAAGGUGUUAAAGCUGAUUGGGAAUGCUUUAAUAUACUAUUUGAUAAAUUGGUAAACCCUAAGUCGCUUGAAAAUGCAAAAAAGGUGCAUGAUUUCUUUCUUAGGUCUCCCUUAAGGGGUAAUCUUCAAUUGAAUAACAAAGUGCUUCAAAUGUAUGCUAAAUGUGGGAGUAUGGUUGAUGCACGUAGAGUGUUCGAUCAUAUGCCUGAGAGAAAUUUAGAUUCUUGGCAUUUCAUGAUGAAGGGUUAUGCUAAUAACUCCCUUGGGGAUGAGGGAUUACAAUUGUUUGAGAAGAUGAAAGAGUUAGGAUUACAACCCAAUAGUGAAACAUUUCAGGUUCUUUUCUUAGUUUGUGCAGGUGCUGAAGCUGUAGAAGAAGGAUUCAUUUUCUUGGAGAAGAUGAAAACUGACUAUGGAAUUGAACCACAAUUAGAGCAUUAUCUAGGACUCUUAGAUGUUCUUGGUGCAUCUGGGCUUCUGCUAGAAGCUCAGGAGUAUAUAGAGAAACUGCCCAUGAACCCGACUGUGGCGUUUUGGGAAUCGCUGCGAGAUUAUGCUAGGAUUCAUGGAGAUAUUGAUCUUGAGGAUCAUAUAGAUGAGUUGAUUGUUGAUCUUGAUCCUUCUAAGACAAUUGCACACAAACUACCAACCCCGCCUCCGAAAAAGCGAAUGGCAGUGAACUUCAUGGAAGGAAGGAAUAAACUUCCUGAGUUUAAAAACCCAUCAUUGUAUAAAGAUGAUGAGAAAUACAAGGCUGCUUUGAAGGAACAAGGCUAUGUACCGGAUACUCGGUAUGUGCUUCAUGACAUUGAUCAAGAAGCCAAGGAACAGGCUUUGCUUUACCAUAGUGAAAGAUUAGCUAUUGCUUAUGGGUUGAUUAGUACUCCACCAAGAACACCUCUAAGAAUCAUUAAGAACCUUAGAAUUUGUGGGGAUUGUCAUAAUGCCAUUAAGAUAAUGUCUAAGAUAGUUGGGAGGGAGUUGAUUGUAAGGGACAAUAAGAGAUUCCAUCAUUUUAAGGAUGGUAAGUGCUCUUGUGGGGAUUACUGGUGAAGAAGAUUUAGGUGUUUGAAAGUUCUAUAUCAUGAUCUUUUAGUGCUGAUUUUGCAUAAGGGUUGUAGGAAUGGUGGUUAUUUUGAUGUAAAAGAAAGGUUUGUAGUACUUCGAUAGUUUGGAGACUAAGAAAUUUAUUUGUUGUCAUGCUUUUGAUCUUUCAUAUUGAUCACAUAAUGUUGAUUUCCUGAUCACUCUGCAAGUAAUAUAAUUUGUCCACUAAUUCGCCUUUUGGAUUUGUGAUUCGCUCAA